AUGCUAAAUACAAAUUCAAAUUAAUUUGUUCAUUCCAAAUUAAUCUACGCGUGUGCCAUAUCUCCUAAAAGUACUAUAGAUAAUUAGAGAAUUAUAUUGGGAACUAUUGGCUCAGGAGGAUAAUAAAUUAUAUAAUUGCAAUCUGCACAAGAAGGCUAUAAAAUUAAAACCUAUCAUUUGCAUAAUGCAUUCAGUGCUAAAUUAUUAUUUCUCAAUCAAAAUGAAGGAAACGAAAGAUUUGUCUCUGCCGGCGAAAAACUUUAAAUAUUUAAAUCAGAAGACUAAAAAAUCAGUCAUAUUUGUGACCUAAUGCCUUUAAGCAAGGAGUAUGUCGGCCCUACAUUCGCCUUAGAUUUUCAUUAUGAAUAGCAAAAUAGAUUAAUCUCUGGUUCUCUGGAUCCUACAAUAAGAAUUUGGGAUCUCGAAAAGAGAAAGUGCUAAUAUCAGUUUAUUGCAUAUGACAUAUCCAAAGAGCCUGAUCAAUACACUUUGGAUUUGAAUAUAGGUCGUGAUACAAACAUCUUGGCAUUCCUGAAUAAUUAUAACCAAAUUGGAAUCUACGAUAUCAGAACUAAAAUGGGUCUGCACAAAAUCAAAGGCAAAUUGUAGUAUAAUCAAGUGAUCUGGAAUAAAAAAUAAGAUAAUAAUUUGAUUGCCAUAGAUUAUGAGGCGGGUCUUAUUGAUUUUUAUGAUACCCGAGAUUUUAAAAAUAAAUAUAAGAGAAUCAGAACUGACCAUAGAUAAAUUGUCAAAGCUGAAUGGUUUCAGGAUAGAAAUUCUUUGAUUACUGCAGGACUGGAUAGAUAAAUUAUUCUUUACGAGGGUGACAAGUAUCUGGAACCAUGCUUUGGGUUAACUAAGAAUUAUGAUAUAGACAAUUUCUGUUGUCAAAACAAUCUAUUUGGAGUUGUCUCUGAAUAUUCUUUCGAAGUUUUUAGUUUUGAAACCUAAUGA